AUGUCUAUUCAAACCAUGCAUAUCGAAAAACCGAUAUAUAAUAAAGAAACAAUUACCUCAAAGCCCAAAAGUAUUAGUUUUACCUCCAUUUUGGACCAGAUCCUAAAAAAAUAUAACUUGUCCGCCGAAUCCAACCCAUCUCAAUUACGCGACUAUGCUAGUGAGCUCGGUGCUAUGCUUCUAGAUUGGAAAGCCCGAAAAAGCGUAAAAGAAGCUCUUCGUCGACGCUUAUUCAAAGAAGAUCAGAUCAAGGCUCUUGUACCGGAUAAAAGGAAUGAAAAACUUACCAUCAAAGAGAGAGCUCAAUAUUGCGCUAAAAGUGGUGAUCCAUAUGAUAUUUACUUACAUGCUUUAGAUUUAUUUAAAGAGGCAAAUUCAACGUUUCCAGUCUCUGAAGCUGAUUUCAUUCUUUAUGAAUGGCUUACUUCAUAUUGUAACAGCACAAGCGCAGCAGAUUUAUUACGUAAAGCAUCCGGAAUCUUUGCCUAUAUUACAGAAAAUAUAUCUCCAAGAUGGGAAAACCCACCAAAUUCUAGACCACUGGAUGUUUUAACGGAAAUAUCAACAUCACUUUCAAAAAUCGCACUUGCAGAUGCAUCUUCAAUUGCGAUUCGUAAAGCUUUAAUGCAACAAAAAUCUUCCUCUUUACUUGCAAAGUUGGCCAUUGGCGUUGCAGUAGAAUAUGAAUCUGCAAAUGGACUUCUUAAUAGUUUAAAAGACCCACAAAAAGUUUGUGGGAAUUUUCGAAAAUAUGUUUCGAAUGGUGCUUUAUUUCAUCAGAUUACAUUUGAUACAGUUCCAUCUAGAGCAGAUCUUCAAGCACUUAUUCCUGGUGGACGUAUAGUACAAGAGUUAACAAAAUAUUCAAAACCUGAUCCAGCAUUUGGACCUUAUAAAGAACAACAAAUAGAAUCAGCUGCUUUAAAUUCAUUGCCUUUUGUAAGUUAUUUUGCCAAUUAA